AUGGUGAUUUCGGAAGUGAAUUUAGAAAUUGAUGAAGAUUUGGAAUCACUUCAAUUACCUACAUUUAGAAACUUAAGAAUUUAUUUUGAUGACAGCAGUCCAACAUUCUUCGAUAUCCUCGAAAACUCAAAAGCCAUUGAACUUUGCAUCGACAACAAAUGUAGCGCAAGAUAUACAAACUUUGACCCUGUAAAAAAAUUCAUAAAAUCACAAGAACAUCUCAAAUCAUUAGCCUUAAUGUACUUUAGUAUAAACACGAAUUUAUUUAUGGACAACAUGCUUGAUUUUGUGAAAUUCAGGUUGAAAAAAUUUUCAAUGAAUAGCGUCUAUUUAGGUAUGGAAAAUGUUGCUCGGUUCCAAACAUUUAUGAUGAAUCACAUUGACACGUUAACCACUCUUCAUGUCCAGUCACCAUUUCUAGACAUUUCAUUUUUUCGACAGUUUUUAACACUUAAGGAACUCCAAAUAAGUCAUACAAAUCCAUUUUUUGACAGCUUUAAAAAUAUUGAGAUUUUGACUGUUGAAAAUGUUUCUGGAAAUUGGAUGGUCAAGUUCCCAUACGUAAGAGAUUUAACUAUGAUUUAUAAAUAUGGAGUAUUUCUGGGGAUGUAUUCUGAUCUCAUCAAUCUAGUCCAUCUUCAACACUUGACAAUAAUCGAUUCGAAAAUUCCAGAACUUAAUAUCCCGUCAGUUUGCAGUCUUUCCCUUAAAAACGUAACAAUUUGUGCAAAGCGACCGUUUCGUUUUGAAGAUAAUCAAAUUAAGGAAUUGAAUAUUGACUCAUGCAGUUCGAUUGAUUGGAUUGCUGACUUCCUAGCACUAGAAUCAACGAGAUUGAAAGUUUUACGUAUAAGAAAUAUGAAUCUGAAAGAGUUGAUUGUCACUGAAAAAGAAAAGGAGAAGAUCCAGACCUUGACGUUUAUUAAUUCAUAA